UUUUUUGUUUAUAUAAAAGGCCGGGUAAAACGUUAAAUAUUUUAUGUAAAAUUCUUGAAAAAUUAUAUCGAAAUAGUCGUGAAUUUUAACCUUUAUUUUGUUGAUUUCCAGGUUCUUGCUUCAGUGGAGUUGUGGGUAGCAGGUUUUUAACCAAUCAGCGGAAAGUUGAAUUAAUUGCACCUGGUGACACUGCAAGGACAUUGCUGUUGGAUGCACGCAUACAAACAGAAGUGUUUUACUUUUUUUAUGUUUGAGCAAAUCUGUUAAAUGGAGUCAGUGAAAAGAAUUGAGGAUCCUUUUACAGCACCUCCUCCAUAUUUAUUAUCAGAUAAAAAAGAGACAAAGAGAAAUGUGGGGGUGUACCACAUUAACUCAACCUACAACACUUCACCACUUCAUCCAUCUCCACUUCAUGUGCCUGCCACCACUUCAUUGCCUCUAAGGGUCAAGUCUGCGAGACGUGAAAUUGAGUUGUUUCGCUCUCCGGCACUGAUGACAUGUGAUUCCUGCCAGAUUCCGGUCACAACACAAGUCAGCUUCAAAGUUGGGACCUAUGCCUGGAUUAUGUGUCUUGUGUUUGUGUUAUGUGGGUUGAUGCUUGGCUGCUGCUUGAUCCCAUUUUUUGUAAACCACUUCAAGGAUGCCUACCACACAUGUCCUCACUGUCAGCGGGUUCUUCACGUACACAGGAGGGCAUGCUUCAAAUGAAGACAUGCUUUUAAGCUUAAAAUCACACUUCCACAUCUUUAAAAAUGGGUUUUGUAUUUUAGGGUGUAUCAUACGUUUAGUCUAUUUUUUUGCUUUAGGUUUAAUCACAUUUGAUUAAAUAAAUAGGUUUUAUCAAUCCAUUUGUAAAGUGUCCUGAUUUUUAACAAAUGUACUUAUGGGAGAACUGUAGAACUACAGAGCAUUUUGUAUGUUGGAGAGCCAUUAUUACUGAAAACAAAGCUCAAAACAUGGCGGGUUUCCAUAGAUUUCAACUACUGUUAAAACCCUGGAAUCAUUGUGGAUUAAAUCCUACUUUUGCCUUGUGCUGCGUGUCGUAAACGUGCCCUCACUGAUUAGACUGGAAGAUUACAAGAGUAGGUUUAUUUAGAGCUUUGAGCCUCUGGGUAAUCAGCGCGGAGACGUUGCAAAGGCUUUUAUUGACGUCUUCUGAGACCAUACACGCUUUUUGAGGCCUGCCAAACCACACCCUCCCUGUUGGGUAUAAGACAUCAGCCUGUCUGCCGUUUCAUGGGAAACAAGCUCCGGGUAAGGUCAUGAGCAGUGUACUUACUUCCUGCUGACUGCUGCAUGGCUGAGAAAACCUUAAAGUAUCAUGGCUGCUUAAUGAAAUCUGCCUCCUUUGUACUUUCCUCCUAUUUCUUCCAGCAUUUUCUGCGCAAAAGAGAAAUCCUCUUUUAUUUGCUUAUCUGUGUUGCCAAAAUGCCAUUCAUACCACCGGUAUCAAUUGCACGCUCUGUAUCAGGACUGACCGGAAAGGAGAGAACUGUCAACACUGCAGCAACAAACCCUGCAGCAAAAGCUACAGAUUCAAGAGAAGGCAAAGGUGGAUCAGUCAAGGAGCGUCUGACUUUAAACUUGAAGCAUCUAGGGAGAAAGAAUCAGCCCAAGAGUCCCCUUCCAACUGUAAAAGGAGUAUCAGCGGUUGAACUGAAUUCAAAGAAAAGGGAUCGCUUUUUCUCUUCAUCCCAAACUGUCAGCUCCCCUACAUCCACUUCAGGAGAGUGUCUUCCAAAGAAACAGCAGCACAAACCUGCGAGCCACAGCUCUGACAAGAGUGAACCAAUGCUGAAGGCAAGAACCAGAGAUCAAGAGGGGGUCCGUUUUACAUUGACCCUCACCCCUGAAGCUGUGCUGUUGCUGCAGCGGAGGAACAGUGAAAAGCAACAGCGACCAGCUGCCAGAUACGCUGGAGGUGGAGGCAGUGUCUCCGGAAACGCCACGGAUGCCAGACGCAGGAAGCUGCAGUCGACACCUCCGGGAAAUGACUCAAUAAAUGGCAGAGUGAGUGCAAAAAAAACAGUCGACACCGACUUGGUGGAUAUAAGUUCAAUUGUAAAAGUUUCCCUCCUGAACGAGAAACACAAAUAUGAUGACGUGGAGUACGAAGAAGAAGACAACUAUGGUGCGGAUGAACAUGUGGUGAUGAAAUGUACAGAGUGGCUCCGGGGGCUGGAGAACACUACAGUUACAGUUGGGGACAGUCUGAAAAGGAGUUCAAACAGCUUGAAAAAUUACCAGGGUGAUUUUAAAAAUUGAAUUUAGUUUUUAGAAAAAAGUAACUGUUGAAAAUUGUCCUCUUUGUUCCAAUGUUAAUUAGUUUGUAGAUGUUGUUUUCAAUAUGUGAAAAGAGGAUAGCUGUCUCAUUUCUCUGGCAGUUGCUGUAAACUUACUUACAACUCUUAAAAUAUUUAAAGUCUUGUGCUUUCUUGAAAGAUCCAUACAUUUUUAUCCACACAUUUGGAUAGGGAUGCUUUGUGUGGUUUCCUGCCAAGUUCAAUCUUGACACCUUUUUGAUUGGAGAUAAAAAAUGCAGAUGACAAAUUUUGGAGUGUAAUGAUAUUGUUGUGCAAAGAUUGGUAGUCUUUAUGGAGGGUUUUUGUAACAUCUCUGCAUGUGUUUGACUGCAGUCAGAAAUACUGUAAAAUCAUUGAAACAUAACCGUUAAAUCUCAACAGUUGCAUAAAGAAUUAAAGCUUUCAAAAACUUGCUGUUGUUGGACAAUCCUGAACUUUUCUUCUUGAAUUGAACGUGCAUCCAAAGCAUUGCAUAUGUGCAUAGGUUGAAAACAGAAGAAACAAAACAAAAAUAUUGGACAAAAGCAGAACAGCUAAAGUGGUUAUAUCUGUAGAGAUUUGCAUGUCAUGAAAGAUGAAAGAAGAUCAAAAUAAUUUUGUGCUCAACGUAUAUUUAUUUUACAUAACUAAUAACUGUUGCAUAGAGAUCAUGGAAUCUUCCAUAUUUAGAGGUUUGAAGCCAGAUGAUGCCAAUGGAAACACUCUCUUGUGCGCAAUUUUUCACAAACAUUUGGACUGGUGAACAUCAUUUUACACAGUACCUAAAGUGUAGGGUAGACUAUCCCGGGGUGGUUUAAUUCUAGGCUUUAAAGGUAAUUUGUUCUUUUUGGUAAAUAGUGGCCGAAAAACAGGACGCAAAUUUGACCCUAUGGGUUAAAGUUAAACAUUAGUAGAUUUGUCAAUAUCAUUAUUCAAAUAUAAAAAUAAAUGUCUGGCAAGGUAAUAAAUAAGCGAAAAACGUUUCUGCAAUGACUCCAUUUUUUUGACAAUCCAUUUUUUUACUUUAUCCCGAGAAUGCCAGUGGAAUGGGAAAUUUGUUCAAACUUUCUUUAAACCAUCAGCCAAAGUUAGCUCAUUCAUUCUAAGCAGCUUUGUAAGGACUCAGACACUGGCUUGCCCCUUGUUAGACGCCCACUUAAGCAAAGUCAGCAGCACUUAGUGAGAGCUUAUCGCCUGGUCAAACGUUACAACAUGGGUGCUUGGGGAAAGUGCAUCAGCCAGUCAGACAUGUGCCUUAGACAAAUAUGAAGACUUUAGAAUAAAACACAACUAUUUUUUUUCUUGUUGAAGUAAAGUGAAAGA